AUGGGUCGCAACUGGGUUCCUUUUGUGGGCUCAAGAGAACUUGGUGGAAGUCUGCUUGCCCUGUACAAGUAUAAUGCCAACGCUACCAAUUUCUGGAUGACUGUGCCAUACAAUUCAGUUGAUGCCACAUAUGAAGUGAUCAGUUCUUCAGGCAUCAGAAGCAGACUUGACUUGACCUUGAAGGAUAUUGGGACCAUGGUUGUGGUGGCUGACUUCUCCCUGUCCUGCAGUUUCCCUACAAAGAUGAUUGAUUGCUUCACCAAUGGAACUAUGGCAGCUCUUGCUGUGAAAGUGGAAUCUGUCCCCAGCUUGUCUCCAAGUCAACUAACUCUAAGGGAUCCUAGUUGCCGGCCUCUUCAGUCUGAUGCUAUCAAUGCAGUUUUCUACUUCAAUGUCAACUCCUGUGGCACCACUAGAAGGUUUGACAACAACCUCCUGACUUAUGAGAAUGAAGUGCUGUUCACAUCUUACCGGUUGAGAGUUGCCUGUCACUAUCUGGUCAAUGACACCAAGGUAGUACAGUUCUUGUACCAGAAUAAUCCUGCACCUGUAGUCCAGCCUGGCUUGGGGGACCUUGCAGUCAUCAUGCGGCUUGCAUUGGAUUCAACCUACAAUGACUUCUAUGGCGCUCGGGAUUACCCUGUUGUGAAGUACUUGCGAAGACCCUUGUAUUUUGAGGUAGAGCUCCUGUACAGCAGGGAUCCACAGGCUGAAUUGUUUUUGGAGAACUGCUGGGCAACCUAUUCUGUUGACAGGAAUAGCUCUCCAAAGUGGGAUGUUGUUGUGAAAUGGAGUUGUGGUUGA